AUGCAUCACACAUCUAACGCACGACAAGAACUCAUUGAUAUUUGCAAAAAAAAUUAUCGAGAAAAUCCUUCAGAACUUUCUAUUAUUAAUGAAUUUGAAUCGACCUACAAGUCAGACAAUGCCAUCUGGUGGUAUACACGUGAAUGUUGUUUCUACCGUAUUUUGAACAAAGCAUUACGUAUUCAAGAUUUUGAUAUGCUUUUUGUACUUCGAUUUUUUAUCACUGAUCUAUCAAAACAAUUGAAUGAUGAAUAUGAUCGUCGUCUACGUGAAACACCGACACGUGAUAUUAUUCGAGUUUAUCGUGGACAAGCAAUUCAUGUCAAAGAAUUGCAACUAAUAAAAUCAAAUAUAGGUGAAUUUAUUUCGAUGAAUUCAUUCCUUUCAACCAGUCUUCGGCGUUUAACUGCUCUUAGUUUUGUUAAUACGAUUGAACUACAGGAAGAAAUCGAUCGUGUCUUACUCGAAAUCGAUAUUGAUCCACGUGCUAAGACAAAAGCUUUUAGUAAUAUUGAUCGACUAAGUUAUUUUAAAUGUGAAGAUGAAGUUCUUAUUAUGCUUGGUGCACUGUUUCGAAUAAAAUCCGUUGAUAGAGACAAUGAAAAACAAUUAUGGAUUGUGCAUGUUACCUUAGCCAAUGAAGAUGAUUAUCAAUUGAAAGAGACGUUUGCUCAUAUGAAAGAAAAAAUUGGCGAUGAAACAAAUUUGCAUUCUAUGGGAAAAAUUUUAACUGAAAUGGGCGAAUACGAACAAGCACGAAAAUGUUAUAAACGAAUGAUUUACGAAGCUCAAAUUAAUGAAAGCAUCGGAUAUAGUGGUCUUGGAUGGGUCGAUCAUUGGUUAAAUGAAUACGAUACAGCUUUAAAUAAUACUCAAAAAGCUCUAUCGUUAAUUGAUGAACUUUUACCCGAUAUUUGUAACGAAAAAGCUAGAUUGUAUAGUUCUAUGGGCUUAAUUUACUGGAGAAAAAAGCAAUAUGAUCAAGCAUUAAAAAAUUUAAAGAAAGCUCUAUAUAUACAAGAAAAGAUUUUACCACCAGACCAUCCAGAUCUCUUAGCUACUUACAAUCGUUUCGCUAUUACAUAUAGUGCGAUGGAUGAAGCACAAAUGGCUUUCGAAUACUACAAUAAAUGUUUGAACAUUCGAUUGGCUACAUUACCUCAUAAUCAUCCUGAUAUUGCUACAUCAUACAACAAUCUUGGCUGGUUAUACAACGAACGUAUAGGUGAUUAUGCCAAGGCAUUAGAUUACUUUCAACAGUCUCUCGCCAUUUGUCGUAAAACAUUGCCACCGACACAUCGAGAUAUCGUUCGAACUGAACAGAAUAUCCUUAAAGCAAUCGAAAAAAUGAAACAGAAAUCAAAGACAAAGACAUAG